UGGUAUCACAACACAGCUCUCCUCGGCAACAUGAAGUCUCUGGUUUUGAUGGUGGCGGUGGUGAUGGGAGCGGUGGCAGCUGCAGACCGCAGAGAGAGGUCAGCCAGCCCUGGUGAUGAUGGCUGGGUUCUGCACGCUGCUGUACCCUACGUGCAGGCCCGCCCUGCCGUCGUACAGUACUCGCAGACACCGUACGUCGUCCAGCACCAGCCUCUUGUUCACUACAAAUUCGACGACGAUGACAUCUUCGAUCGCAAGAAGCGUAGUGCUCCAGAGGCUUCACUCGACGCCAGCCGUCAGAAGAGAGCUGCCAGUCCUGAUGACGAUAACCUCAAGUGGUAUCGUCCAGGGACCAGUGUUGUCUACUCCAGGCCAGUAGAACAUGCUGUAGUACAGCCUGUGGUACACAGCGUGGUACAACCUGUGGUACAUCGUGUGGUACAGCCCGUGGUACAUCGCGUGGUACAGUCCGUGGUACAGCCUGUGGUACAUCGUGUGGUACAGCCUGUGUUGCACCAAGUUGUGCCCCAAGGCUACGCCCAACCUGGCCAUGUUGUUCUCCACCGCGGCUAUGACGACGACAAAUAAAGUGAUUUGUAUCAUAACUUGUCCUGUCCUGUCGUGAGUGUUGUCACAAUUUGCCUUCUAAAUUUUGUUGAAAUAUCAAGCCACUGAGAUGCUGAUUACGUUCCAUAUCUGUAAUAAUUUGAAUAAUAAAUUUCAUAUGAAAAAAACGU